AUGGCGGUGCUCGCGGGCCUCAAGCACGCCGCGCCCGUCAUGGUCCCGCGCCGCCGCGGCGGCAGCAUCAUCUGCACGGCCAGCACAGCGGGCGUGGUCGGCGGCGUGGCGAUGCCCCCCUACAGCGUCUCCAAGGCGGCGGUGCUCGGGAUCGUGCGCGCCGCGGCGGGGGAGCUGGCCCGCCCCGGCGUGCGCGUGAACGCCGUCUCGCCCAACUUCAUCCCGACGCCGCUGGUGAUGGACGCCAUGGCCGUGUGGUUUCCCGGGAGGAGCGACGAGGAGCGCCAGCGCAUCGUGAGGAACAUGAACGAGAUGGAUGACCCCGGUGCUGGAGGUGCAGGACGUGGCCAGGGCGGCAUUGUUCCUGGCGUCUGA